AUGAAUAAGAAAUCAUCAUACUUGGACAAUGCGGUCGGGGUGGGUGACCUGGUGCUAUUGGAGCCUCUCACCGAUGAGUCUCUACUUUCAAAUCUCAAGGAACGAUUCAGCAAAAGUGAGAUCUAUACCUACAUUGGGAGUGUUGUUAUUUCAAUCAAUCCCUACAAGAUGCUUCCUAUCUAUGGCCAGGAGAAAAUCAACGAGUACCGCAACUCUAACUUUUACGAGUUGAGUCCUCACAUCUAUGCCAUUGCUGACGAGGCAUACAGAUCACUCCGAGACAGAAACAUGGACCAAUGUGUUCUCAUCACCGGGGAGAGUGGCUCGGGAAAAACAGAGGCCAGUAAACUUGUCAUGUCAUAUAUUGCUGCAGUUUGUGGCAAAGGAGAAGAGGUCAAUCAGGUCAAGGAGCAGCUUCUGCAAUCAAAUCCCAUACUGGAAGCUUUUGGGAACGCCAAGACCAUACGGAAUGAUAACUCCUCCAGAUUUGGAAAAUACAUGGACAUUGAAUUUGACUUCAAGGGCGAUCCAUUGGGUGGAGUCAUCAGUAACUAUCUCCUGGAGAAGUCUCGUGUUGUCAAGCGUCUGAAAGGGGAGAGAAAUUUCCACAUCUUCUACCAGCUGUUGGCAGGGGGCUCACCUGAGCUGCUGGAGCAUCUUAAUGUGCUGAGGGACUACAAUAAAUACGUUUACCUGACCUCGGACAAAACUCCCCUGAAUGGAGUCGACGAUGCUGCCAACUUCGACACGGUGAAAACUGCAAUGAACAUCAUUGGAUUCGACAAGUCUGAAAUGGACUCUAUAUGGGAGACUGUGGCUGUCGUACUUAAACUCUGUAACAUCACGCUGAAGUCGGAACCUCAGUCAAGUGGGACAGAUCAGUGCUACAUUGAUGAUAGCAAAGGACUGAGAGAAGUCUGCAGUUUGAUUGGCCUUGAUGAGUCUAUUCUAGAACAAGCACUGUGCACUCGCACUGUACAAGUCAAGAAGGAGAAAGUGAAGACGACAUUGACAGCUGCUCAGGGUUUCUAUGCACGUGAUGCUUUGGCAAAAAACCUCUAUGCCCGCCUGUUCAACUGGUUGGUGAACCGAAUCAACGAAAGCAUUCAGGUUAAAGGCAAAGUACAGAAGAAGGUGAUGGGAGUGUUGGAUAUUUACGGAUUUGAGAUUUUUGAGGACAAUAGUUUUGAGCAGUUUGUUAUAAACUACUGCAAUGAGAAGCUGCAGCAGCUCUUCAUUGAACUGACACUGAAGGAGGAACAGGAAGAAUACAUACAAGAGGGCAUCGAGUGGAUACAGAUCAAAUAUGUUGACAACGCCAUUAUCUGUGGCCUGAUUGAAAACAAUAAAGGCAUCCUGGCAAUGUUGGACGAAGAAUGUCUCCGCCCUGGUAAUGUCACUGAAAAGACCUUCCUCCAAAAGUUAAAUCAGACUUUCUCCAGCCAUCAGCAUUACGAGAGCAAAGAGACACAGAGCGCCAAGUUCAUCACCGAUGUAACACUGCCAGCCAACUGUUUCCGCGUGCAGCACUAUGCAGGAAAGGUGACAUACAACGUUGCCGACUUCAUCGACAAGAACAAUGACCUGCUGUACGGGGAUCUAUCCAAGGCCAUGUGGCAGGCCAAGCACAAGCUCAUCAAGUCACUCUUUUCUGAAGGGGACCCAAGAAAGACAUUGUUGAAGAGGCCACCAACAGCUGGCUCACAGUUCAAAGCUUCAGUGAAUGUCCUAAUGAAGAACGUCCUGGCUAAAAACCCCAACUAUAUCAGAUGCAUCAAGCCAAAUGACACAAAAUCGCCAGCACAAUUUGAAGACCGCCUGGUGCAAACACAGAUCAAGUACCUGGGGCUGAUGGAGAAUAUACGGGUGCGGCGGGCGGGAUAUGCCUACCGCCACCACUACAAGCCUUGCCUGGAACGCUACAAGAUGCUCUGUAAACAGACCUGGCCAAACUGGAAGGGGAACGACCGAAAUGGCGUACAGACCCUUUUGAUUGAAUUAAAUAUAGCUCCAGAGGAAUACGCAUUUGGACGGACAAAAAUCUUUAUCAGAAAUCCACAGACACUCUUUGACAUGGAAGAACGACGGCGGGUUCGGUUGGGAUUCGUGGCCACCUUGAUUCAGAAGACUUAUCGCAGCUGGAAAUGCCGAACCCAUUUCCUCCUAUUGAAGAAAAGUCAGAUCAUCAUCGCUGCCUGGUUCAAGCAAUAUAACCAACAAAAGAAAUAUUCAAAUAUGAAGAAAGCUGCCAUUGUGCUUCAAGCCUAUGUCAGGGGCUGGAAGAUUCGCAAACUCCAGAGAGAGUUGAAGGAGCAGAAACGUUAUGCUGCAUCAGUCACCAUCAUUGCAGCUGGCUGGCGAGGUUUCCAGGUGCGGAAAAGGCACAGGAGAUACUUCAAAUGUAAUGCUUCAAGGAUUGUCCGGAAAUUCAUGAUCUCUUCAAUUGUACAAAUAUACUUCCGUGAUCUGAAAAAGAACCUACCAUCAAUGUCUCCGCUGGAUAAAAACUGGCCAGUGUUGCGAUUUCACUUCUUGAGUAAAAUGGACGAGGAAUUGAAGAGGAUCUUUUACCUCUGGAAGUGCAAGAAAUACAGAGAGGGAAUCUCAAGCCAGAGGAAAGCAGAAUUGGAAGAGAAGCAAUAUGCCAGUGAGCUCUUCAAGGAUAAGAAAGCCUCCUAUGCCUCCAGUGUGCCUCAGCCUUUCAAAGGCCAAUAUUUGGACAAUCAGAAGAAGAGCAAGUAUCAGAAACUAAUCAGUGGCAUGGAGGGCAAGUUACUAAUGAUGGACACAGUCAUGAAAAUUAACAGGACAGAUGGAAAGAAUUCCCCAAGGAUUUUGCUGCUGACGAACAGCUCCUUUGCCCUGGCAGAUGCAAAGUCCCCACAAGUGAAAACCACAAUCAAAGUGAAUGAGAUCAAAGGCAUCUCUAUGAGUGGAUGUAGAGAUGGACUAUUUGUGCUACAUCUAACGGAGAACUCUCAUGUCGGAGCGAAGGGAGACUUCCUGUUAAGCAGUAAUCAUCUUGUGGAACUCGCCACUAAAUUGCAUCGUGCCGUACAUGAGGACAACCAGAGGGAGAUAAAUGUGAAGAUACAGGAUGAACUUUCUGUUAGGUUCAGUAAAGACACUGUCUCUGUGAAGUUUGUGAAGGUAACUAACGGGAACGGAAAUGGUCCAGUGUGCAAGAAGAUAAACAGCCGCCUAUUGGAGGUCCAUGUUCCUUAACCAGUCUAGUGCCUCGAUGACCUACCUCCAGCCAGGGUUGUGGAAACGUUAACGCACGAGGUCUUGAAGUGACAGCAAUUUUAAAACAAGUUUGAAAUAAUCGUUGUGAUCACUGAUCACAAACAUGUGCAUUAAUUCAUAUGGAAACUCAAAAGAAAAAAAUCCACGGUACACAGUUCUACAAUGUAUAAUUCCCUUGUGACCAGGGACUGGGGGUUGCAAUACUCCUACCCUGAGAAAUUUGACAGCUCCUUGCUGUAAAUUCUGAUUAACCAUUUCAAACCCAGGUUAGGCAAGGACUGGUACCUUUACCAUGAAAGAGCUGCACUUUCUGGGCCCUUAUUCCAGUUCAUACUGCCUCACAGAAUCAGACUCAACCCAGUUUAGUUUGCUGUUGGGAUGUGGAAACCAAAUCAAACAAAAAUGUUUCUCCCUCAAACAACAGGCUAGGAAUGAAGACGAAUGAAAUGAUUUUUUUAACAAACAUCUGGGAGGGUGGAACUGAAAAUAUUCUUAAUUUUG